AUGUCGAGUGAGGUGAAGAACAUCAUAACGGUACCACCGGCGGUGGUCUGCGCAUCAGGGCCGGAAAGCCCCAGCUCAUCAACCUUCACAGAAGCCUCCACCAUCAAGGUCUUCUCAGAGAAGGUGGAAGUGUCCCGCCAUAGUGACUCGGAAGAUGGAUCUCUUGACCUCGAAGCUCAAGCUCCAAAGAAGCGCAGAUUCGCAGCGAUUCGAUUCAUAUUCCUCAACAUAUACCGACGCCUGUUCUCCUUGGUCUUCUUGGCCAAUGUAGCUGUAUUCGUUGCAAUCAUGGUAACGGAUCGAAAGCUACUUGCACUGGUAAAUGCCGCAGCAGGUAACCUGCUUGCAUGCGGUCUCGCCCGGCAGCCCUUGGUGGUGAACUCGAUCUUUGUUCUCGUGGCAUCCAUCCCGAGAUCCGCGCCUCUUCGGAUACGACGCAUUGCAGCCAAGGUGUACCACUAUGGGGGCGUCCACAGCGGGUGCGGGAUAGCCUCAUUUGUCUGGUAUGCCGGCUUCGUCGGCCUCCUAUCGCAGGAGUACUGGUCUCCAUCAUCCGGCGGGCCAACUACCUCCAUGGCACCAGUGAUCCUGGCAUACUUGAUCCUGGUCGUAUUGCUCGCCAUCAUCGCCGUCGCGCACCCGACGUUCCGCAUCAAGAAGCACGAUUACUUCGAGCUCAUCCAUCGGUUCUUCGGCUGGCUCGUGGUGGUGCUCUUCGUGAUCCUGCUCAUGGUCUUCGCCGACGAGGUCAGCCGCGCGUCGAACGAGCCGCUCGGAGCCUUCCUGGUGCAACUGCCCGCCUUCUGGUUCCUGGUGCUCACGGUCGUGGCCAUCGUGCACCCAUGGACGCUCCUCCGCAAGGUCACGGUGCAGCCGGAGGCCCUCUCCUCGCACGCCGUGCGGCUGCAUCUGAGCCACACGACCACCACAUUCGGCAAGGGCAUCCAGCUGGCGCGCCACCCGCUGCGGGACUGGCACGGGUUCGCGACGUUCCCGAACCCGGACGGCCGGAGCUUCUCCUGCCUGGUGUCCAAGGCGGGCGACUGGACGGCCGCCUGCAUCCAGGACCCGCCCACGCACCUGUGGAAGCGCGGCGUCCUCCUGUAUGGGUUCGCGUACGCGAUGCGGGUGUUCAAGCGCGUGGUCGUGGUCACCACCGGCUCGGGCAUCGGACCCUGCCUGUCCUUCCUCGGCGACGACAACCGCCCCGCGCUCCGCGUAGUCUGGCAGACGCGGGCCCCGCUGAAGACGUACGGACAGGGGGUGCUGGAUCUGGUGUCGGAGAUGGACCCGACCCCCGUGGUGGUCGACACGAAUCAGUCCGGGCGCAUCGAUAUGGUCCCGAUGAUUCGGCGGAUUGUCCAGGACUUCGACGCGGAGGCGGUUUGCGUGAUCAGCAACCCCGUAUUCACCAAGAAGGUGGUAUAUGAGUUGGAAUCGAGGGGCAUACCGGCGUUCGGGCCUAUCUUCGACUCGUGA